AUGCCUUCCCCGCAACCAGUUUCGACAGACGCCGCUCCUGCGCCCAUUUCUCUCUUCUCUCAGGCUCAAGUCUACAACGGUCUCGUAUAUUGUUCUGGAAACAUUGGCAUCGACCCAAAGACAGGCAAACAAGUUGAGGGAACAGUAAAAGAUCGCACUGAACAAACUAUUCGCAAUAUCUCCGCCACCUUGGAGGCCGCCAAUUCGUCUCUCAAGCGAAUCAUUAAAGUCAACGUUUACUUGACCACAAUGGAUAACUUUGGCCCGAUGAAUGAAGGCUACGCAAAGUUCUUUUCUGCUCCUUUCCCUGCCAGGACUUGUGUCAGCGUCGCAGGCCUGCCCAUGGGCUCUGAUGUCGAGAUCGAGUGCGUCGCGGCAUUGAACGAAUAG